CAGCAUUAGGAGAAGGUAAAUCAAUUUUGCGUGUGCAAGAACUGGAAAUAGGUGGAGCCAAUUAGGGUUUCUAUAUGUCACAUCUUUAAGUUUCAAUUUUCAGCUAGGAUGUUAGGAAUUCCAUGUAGUCACUGACCCAGAUGGACAAAAAGCUACAGAAAGUAUAGGGCUUAUCAAAUUCAGGCAGUGUUCAUUUUCUUGAUAAUUGGGAAUUGUGCUAAUUGAUUUUCUUUAAAAGGAUUUUCCAAGUAAUGGGAGCUGAUAUUGGAUUCCAUGUUAGAUGUAUACACGUAUUACCACCAUUAAGUGAGAGUCUGAAGUUGAUUCUAUUUUCAUGAUUGUUAUUACAAUAAGAAUUUCUUUUUGAUCUUGCAUAAUAGACAGUCAAGUCUGAUUUCUCAUUUCACUGCUAGAAGUUUUUUUAUCAUCUCUGACUGCACUUCUAGUUGUCUAACAAAUUAGCUUGGGUGGGCAGGGAGCAGGCCUCUUUUGGAGUCCGUUCUAUUUCAACCUAAGUUGCUUAGAAUGAGCAUUAUUCCAUUUGCCGCUGCUAUAUUUUUGCUGUGACAUUAAACUUUACUGAUUUCUGCCUUUCUGCUAAUGUACUCUUUCUUGUGACUGUUGAUUGUGAAUAUUAUUUAUGCAGUCCGAAACCAGAUGAAGAGUGUUAAGAAUAUCCAGAAAAUUACAAAGGCAAUGAAAAUGGUUGCAGCAUAUAAGUUGCGAGCAAUUCAAGUUAGAACUGAGAAUUCCCGUGGCCUAUGGCAGCCAUUUACUGCACUUCUUGAUGACACUCCAAUUUCACAGGUUAUGUUCAAUGCGAUUUUGGAGAACGCUUGCAGUGAGCAAGGAGCAAGGAUGUCUGCCAUGGAUAAUUCCAGCAGAAAUGCUGGCGAGAUGCUUGAUCGCCUCACACUUACUUAUAACAGAACCCGUCAAGCAUCUAUCACCACCGAACUGAUCGAGAUUAUUUCUGGGGCAUCUGCGUUGGAGGGCUAGUCGCACCAAUUUUUGCCACCACUUUGAUGAUGAAGAAAUAAACCUUAGUGAAGAGCAUACAAUGGUGAUGCCUGUUGUCAGUUUUGUGAGUUACUUUUUGGCUGCUCUAGUAAUCUCAAUAGGUCAACUUUUUGUCUGAAGAAGAUUGUCUUUACGGUUUAUAUUACUCUGGAAUUCCCCCCCUUCCUUGUUAUAUAUGGUUGAAAGGAUUGUUUGUGUUUCAUAUUUUCUUUCUUUGUUCUCUUAUUUGUAGGGGAUGCCUUAUCCUUAUAUUCUUCUUUUUGAUAUAUCAAUAAUUUUUAUUUAUUUAUUUAUUUUUUGAUUAAAGAAAAAGUAUAUGUUG